CGCCGAGCCCGCGACCCCUGCCCGCAGCCGCCUGUCGACCCUGUUGGCACCAUGCUGCCCGCGCGCUGCGCCCGCCUGCUCACGCCCCACUUGCUGCUGGUGUUGGUGCAACUGUCCCCCGCUGGCGGCCACCGCACCACCGGCCCCAGGUUUCUCAUAAGUGAUCGUGACCCUCAGUGCAACCUCCACUGCUCCAGGACUCAACCCAAACCCAUCUGCGCUUCAGACGGCAGGUCCUAUGAGUCCAUGUGUGAGUACCAGCGGGCCAAGUGCCGGGACCCAGCACUGGGUGUGGUACAUCGAGGUCGAUGCAAAGACGCCGGACAGAGCAAGUGUCGCCUGGAGCGGGCUCAGGCCCUCGAGCAAGCCAAGAAGCCCCAGGAGGCAGUGUUUGUCCCAGAGUGUAGCGAGGAUGGCUCCUUUACCCAGGUGCAGUGCCACACUUACACAGGGUACUGCUGGUGUGUCACCCCAGAUGGGAAGCCCAUCAGUGGUUCUUCUGUGCAGAAUAAAACUCCUGUAUGUUCAGGUUCAGUCACCGACAAGCCCUUGAGCCAGAGUAACUCAGGCAGGAAAGUCUCUUUUCGAUUCUUUUUAACCCUCAAUUCAGAUGACGGGUCGAAGCCGACGCCCACAGCGGAGACUCAGCCGGUGUUUGACGGGGAUGAAAUCACAGCUCCCACUCUGUGGAUUAAGCACUUGGUCAUCAAGGACUCCAAACUGAACAACACCAACAUAAGGAAUUCAGAGAAAGUCCACUCCUGUGACCAGGAGCGGCAGAGCGCACUGGAAGAGGCCCGGCAGAAUCCCCGCGAGGGCAUCGUCAUCCCGGAGUGUGCCCCCGGCGGCCUCUAUAAGCCUGUGCAGUGCCACCAAUCCACCGGCUACUGCUGGUGUGUGCUGGUGGACACGGGGCGCCCACUGCCCGGGACCUCCACUCGCUAUGUGAUGCCCAGUUGUGAGAGCGACGCCAGGGCCAGGAGUGUGGAGGUGGACGAUCCCUUCAAGGACAGGGAGCUGCCAGGCUGUCCAGAAGGGAAGAAAAUGGAAUUCAUCACCAGCCUACUAGAUGCCCUGACCACUGACAUGGUGCAGGCCAUUAAUUCAGCAGCACCCACUGGAGGUGGGAGGUUCUCAGAGCCGGACCCCAGCCACACCCUGGAGGAGCGGGUGGUGCACUGGUACUUCAGCCAGCUGGACAGCAAUAGCAGCAACGACAUUAACAAGCGGGAGAUGAAGCCCUUCAAGCGCUACGUGAAGAAGAAAGCUAAACCCAAGAAAUGCGCCCGGCGUUUCACCGACUACUGUGACCUGAACAGGGACAAGGUCAUCUCACUGCCGGAGCUGAAGGGCUGCCUGGGUGUCAGUAAGGAAGGUGGUAGUCUGGGCAGCUUCCCCCAGGGAAAACGAGCAGGCACAAACCCGUUCAGCCGCCUCGUCUAAGGAGCAGGAAGCCCAAGGGCAGCUGAGAGACCAGGGAGACAGGACGGCCCGCCGGACGCCGAGCCUCCACCAUGCCCUCGCCCAGCCACACCCCUGUAACAUAAGCGGUGCCCAACGUGUUUGCACUUUUAAUAAUUCGUAUUUGCGUGUUUUCUUUUUGGUUUCAUUUUUAAACACCAAUAUCUAAUACCAGUGGGGGAAGAAAGACUGUUUAUUCUCUCUUAUUGUAAGUUUCUUUGGAUCUGCUACUGACAACUUUUAGGGUUUUUUUGUUUGUUUUUAUUUUGGCGGGGGGCGGGCUUGUUGGGACUGAGAAGAAAGAGAUUUAUAUACUGUAUAUAAAUAUAUAUGUAAAUUGUAUAGUUCUUUUGUACAGGUGUUGGCAUUACUGUUGGUUUAUUCUCCUCCCUCUCCCUGCUGUGGAUGUGGGGGCUCCGGCCCAACUCUGUAGAAUCCAGGCCUCCCCAUCUAGGAGGAUUUUGUGAGUAUCUGCAGACUCCCUGGGUUCUUGCCUGGUGGAGGAGCAUCCCAUGGCGAGGCGGGUGGCCAGCCUGGAAGUCAUGGCCGGCUGAUCCCCCAAGCCCGGUGCUCCUGUUCUCCUGACUUUCAGGUGGCGCCCAGAAUCUGGGGGGCCACCGCUACCCUAGCAAAUUAUCCUCAGAGGAUUUGCAUUUAGCCCACUGAAACAUUCUCACCCACUUUUGGCAUCCACUCUGUAAGUCACGAGGGGGAAGCAAAGAAGAAAAGAGCACACAGCAGGCCUCUGGCUUCAGCCAGCCUCCCUACUUAAGUAGUGGGGCGAGGCCGGGAAGCCUGCACGUCAGUGCCGAGACAGGAAGACUCCUCCGUCCCGAGAUGUGGCCUUUCCAGCCCGGUCAGACGGGGUUCACCACAGCCUCCUCUCUCUCCCAGCCAUCCUCGCUGGGCAGAAGGAGGAGGUGAGUUGGUCACCAUGUUGGUAACUCAAUGCUUUUAUCUUUCUUUUCACCUAAUACUGAGGUUCUUCCUGUUCCCUCAGCUCUUCUCACCAGCAUGCAGGCUUAAGGCCAAUUCCAGAAGCAAAAUUACUCUCAAGCCUCCUAGUUUGUCUCCUUUAGCAGUGCAGGGACAAUAAUAACCCACUUGUGGGGGGAAAUCCAGGCCCAGAGGGCCACAGACGUUUCACUGGGAUUCUAGUGUGACUUCCUCUGUGCAGGCCACUGAGCUCGUUCAGACAGCCUUCAGCCAGAGCGAACAGUGACCCUAGCACCUCUCCUCACAAGCUGCCUUGGAGGCCUCCAGGGGGCUGCAGUGGCCCAGACUGGCGUCCUAAUUGGAUUGCCGUGGCAAGUCUGGCCUCAGCGUGGCCUCGUCCCAGAUUCCAGAAGCGCAUGCACUGGGCAGAUGGUGUAUCCCUUUCCAGGGCUGGGAGACACCGGUGCUGUGAGCAGCAGCCCCCCAGACCCUGCUUGGGGGUGUGCCUCACUGGAGAGUGUGGCUCCUUAGGACCUGAUCUGAUGGGGCUCGGGCUAGAGAAGAAGGUGCUUGCUAUUUGGUAACAGUCCUGGAGGUUGUUACCUGGUGCCUGGAGGCCCCUUCCAACAUGGUGAGACCUGGACCAGAAAACUCAAUGUGCUGGAGCUGACACACCUUCCAGAAGACUCCAGUCUCUCCUCUGGCCUGGCGGAAACACAAAACACAGAGGAAGUCCCUCCUUGUAGAUAUUCAGACCCUCGCCCAGGUAGCUCUGCCUCACACGUGUGUGUGGCCUACGCAGUGUGGCUUUCCUCUGUGUGGAGGGAGGGAGUUGACUUGUAGCUUGUUUUAUAAAAAUAAAAACAGAUAAACCUG